AUGGAAAAGCAAGAAUCUCAAGAGAUUCUGACAGACGAGAAAACUAUUCGUUUCUUCUUUCCCAAAUUUCUGUUCUACGGUUACGGCAUUCUCGGGCUCUUGAUAUACCUGACUUUUUGCGGAUUCGACAAGGUAUUUAUUGGCGUUGGUGUUCUUUUGCUGUGUGAGGCCGUUUCAAUGUGGAACAACGAUCCAUUCUCGAUUCUCUUCUUUCUCGUCAUGGAGGUGUUCAGCAUCACCUUUUUCUUCAGCAAUGCGAUGUUUACUGUUAUCAUGAUGAUAUACAGGGAUAUAAGGUUCGUUAUUUUUUCGAAUGUAACUAUUCCCGUAAGGUCUGUUAAAAAAAAUUUUUCUCGCUCAAUAAAAAAAAAUCUUAAUAUAAAAGUUGAUAUAAUUUCUUCAAUGAUAAACUUUUCUCUGGUUUUUCAACAUUCAAAAGUGUAAAGCGAAAUGCUGCGUAAAUUAUUAUUUCAUUCUAUGAAGAAGCAUCCGUAUGCAUUUUAAAUUUUUCUUUCAAGGUUCUCUUCUGAAAAAAAAAACCUGAUUCGUUAUUUUUGAAAUCUGUAGAUUUAAUGAAAAAAAACGGAACUAAAUAAAACGUAUUUCACCUUGUACUUCGUUUCAUUUAAAUUGUCUUUCAGCUUCAGUGUCACCAUUGA